AUGAGGUGGUUAAUCCUGUUUUUGGCCACAACUCACGUCGCAUUUGGCUACGUGUAUGACGAUGAGCUGGUUACAUGCGGAUCAGUACUGAAACUUGCAAACGCGAACGAAGGCUCACGACUUCAUUCCCAUGAUGUCAAAUACGGAAGCGGUAGUGGCCAGCAAUCGGUCACCGCUGUGACGCAAUCCGACGAUGUCAAUUCGCACUGGCAAAUUUAUCCGGCUCUGAAAAAGGAAUGUCACCGCGGUGAUCCGAUCAAGUGCGGUGACAAGAUUCGCUUGAAACAUCUUACUACGGGCUGUUUCUUGCAUACUCAUCACUUCCAAGCACCUUUAUCUAAGCAUUAUCAGGAAAUAUCAUGUUUCGGAAGUCAAGCUCAGAGUGAUACCGGAGAUAACUGGCAAAUUGUUUGUAAUUCGGAAGACUGGCUGGAGAGCGAAAACGUAAAGAUCAAGCACGUUGAGACGGGUGUGUACCUGGCACUGUCUGGACAACAAUUCGGCAGGCCAAUCCACGGCCAGAGAGAGAUUGUUGGGACCGACAGCAUUACAAACGGCGGAUUGUGGAAAGCAGCUGAAGGAGUGUACAUGAAAAAGAGCAAAGAUUAA